AGCAGAAGAAGAAGAAUUAGAAUUUUUUUGAGUUUCCGGUCGAUUCGUUCAUUCAUUCCAAUAUGGUUCCUCUCGCGCUCUUCUUCAUUCUGUUGACGGUCCCUGUUUUGGAUUUCUCUGGCGACCCACACAAGCUCACAUUAAAGCCUGGAGAGGACGUCCUUCUUCACUGUCAGGUUCCCAGAGAUGGUGACAUCGCAGUGAUAGUGUGGAGCAGACCUGACCAGGAGUCACAGAAAUAUGUUUUACUAUACAAAGAGAACCGCACACAUGAGAAGUACCAGCUCCCCUCAUAUCGUGGUCGAGUGGAGCUGAGUGAUCCGGAGAUGAAGGACGGAGACGUUUCUGUUGUUCUGAAGAACGUCAGCGUCAACGACACCGGAACAUACGAAUGUGGAGUUAUAAUCAGCGGGAGACCUGAACCUGAAGUAAUCAACACCAUCACGCUGAACGUGACCGACUCAGACCCACACAAGCUCACAUUAAAGCCUGGAGAGGACGUCCUUCUUCACUGUCAGGUUCCCAGAGAUGGUGUCAUCGCAGUGAUAGUGUGGAGCAGACCUGACCAGGAGUCACAGAAAUAUGUUUUACUAUACAAAGAGAACCGCACACAUGAGAAGUACCAGCUCCCCUCAUAUCGUGGUCGAGUGGAGCUGAGUGAUCCGGAGAUGAAGGACGGAGACGUUUCUGUUGUUCUGAAGAACGUCAGCGUCAAUGACACCGGAACAUACGAAUGUGGAGUUAUAAUCAGCGGGAGACCUGAACCUGAAGUAAUCAACACCAUCACGCUGAACGUGACCGACUCAGGUCACGCAGCUGGAGGCACUGAUGGAGGGGACAAGGAUGUAGGAGGCAUCCUUAGACCUUUUCUUCUUCCAGUUAUUAUUGUGAUUUUUAUUGCUCUGUUCGUUGCCUUUAAGAAGAGCUCAGAGAAGCCUGUUGCUGCUGAAAAUGAAAAAAAUAUACUUUUUCAAGAUUCAACACCUUUUAUUAAUCCCCCAACGGGGCAAUUGACAGCGUUGCAACAGCAAGGGAUAGGGGGAAAGUACAAAAUGACACUUUGAGAUAAACAAAUUAUAAGCAGUAGAUAGAUAUUAGGGCCGGGACUCGAUUAAAAAAAUUAAUCUAAUUUAAUUACAGGCUUUGUAAUUAAUUAAUCGAAAUUAAUCGCAUUUUAAUUGCAUAAACAUUUGACCUGAGAACAGUGAGAAGUAAUUCUUUUCACAUGGAUUUUUAGUAUACCAUUGAAUGAAUGAAUACAUAAGUUUAAGCAACAAAAUAUUGUUUAUUUUUGUUCAACCAAAACCAGCAGACCAGUGCAAUUUUUGCCAUUAAGUGUAGCAAUAGCAUAUUUAGAAAUAUAGUACAUUUCAGAAAUUCAGGUAGCCUAUAGGUAGGUAGACCUUCUGUAAACUAUGUUUUUUUUUUUAAAGUAAAACACAAUACUUUCAAGUCCAUUCAGACUUAGUUACCCUGGUCCUUAAACAAGUCAUCUGGUGGAGUGUAGGUUGGGUGUGGGUCCUUGUACUCGGAGUCGGGCUAACGUCCACGCUAGCUGCUAAAUGUUUUGCGUUGAGGUGAUCCUUGAGGCUCGAUGUGCUGCGGUGAUAUGUGAAUUCCUCGUUGCAUAGCUCGCACACAACCGCGCUCUUAUCGACGCUUCCAUCUGUUGGUUUUUUAUAACAAAAUUUCCCAUCCACGGGGCCAACCAAAGCGGUCUGGUCGGCUUCUUGGUUCAUGUUCUCUGUGGUUUGUUGUUGUCUGAAGUCAUGAACGCUAGUUGGUGCUCCAGUAUAAUCGGUCCGCCCAAACUCAUCCAGUGAGAAAUGUCCCGCGGUGCGAAAAUAAGUGCGAUUAAAAUGCGUAAAAAAUGUUUAACGUGUUAUUUUUUUGUGUAAUUAAUUAACGCAUUAAAGUCUGUAAUUAAUUAAUCUUAAUUAACGCGUUAAAGUCCCGGCUCUAAUAAAUGUAUAAGAAUAAUAAAUUUUAUAGUAAAUGGUAUUAACAUGAUUUCACAGUCACAUUAUUAAUGCACGGUUAAGACAUUCUGAAAUAAAAGUAUGUAAUGAUCCUGGUUAUUCUACAUACAGUUGGAUUUUUAUACCUUUUCAUUAAAAGGUUAGCAUUGGAUGACAAAAUGUUAUUUAUGAAAAUUCAUCCAAAAGUUACCUUCUACCCCUCAGUGAAGCGUACAUUAAAUUUCUGUAGAUUUGCUGCUACGAACAUUUGUUCACGACCAGUUAGCAGUUAAAAACUUUUGAUGAAUGAUAUUCCGUCUCACUAAAGAAAAGAACAUCAUCAUGAAUUUGUGUGUGAGUUCAGACACAUAUUUUUGAUAAUUUGAUUCAUGAAUGUAAAUAAAAAAACUUUUGGUCAAGGAUUGUAUUUUAGCAAUAUUUGAAACCACUUCCUAAUGUGACCAAUCAAGACUCUUGAAUCUGCCUGUUUCAUGAUAUUAAAGUGUGCUGUGAUACA